AAAUCACUAAAGAAAAAGAGAAAAAUAGGUAUAUUUUAUGUCAGUCAAAUGAAGAUCACCUUGCAAGAGAAAAUGAUGAAGAUGAAAUAGAAAUAGAUAGUCAGCUUGGAGGUGAUGAAGGUGAAAUAGGAAUAGAUAGUCAGCUUGAAGGUGAUAAAGGUGAAAUAGGAAUAGAUAGAAUAGAUAGUCAGCUUGAAGGUGACAAAGAUAGAAUAGAAAAUGAUGAAGGUGAAAUACUUAGAGAUAACAAAGGUGUAAUAGAUAAUUGCUGGAUAGGUGAAUAUAAGCUUGAAGACCAAUUGAAAA